UCUAACAGAUCAAAAUGAAGAGAUGCCGGAAACGGCGAAAACCUUCCUUGCAGCCACAAGUGAUUCUUGUUGGAAAUUCUGGCAGGAUUUGUCAAGACAAUCGACUAUGCCGUCUCCGAAUGACGAAAAAAUACAAGAAUUUUCUCAUGGAACAAGAAAAGGAGAAAAACGCAAAAGUAAUUUUACCAAGAUUCGACAUUCUUUUACAUUCAUGAUUCCCGAAACAAAAAUAUAGGUAUUUAUUUUAGGGGGUGAUUACAUGGAGAGUUUUCAACCAGGGUUGAAUUUCAACCCAGUUAACUGAGCUGAAAUUGUUUCACGAUUAUACAUGGCAAGUUUCAGCCCCCUAGAUUUCUCCUUAAUAAGCUUGGACUCAAAAUCGUUACUUGGGCUGGGAUUCGAUUCGAAUAGUUUAUAAUUAUUAUUUUUUAUUUUUUAUUAAGUUCGACUUGUAAUUUGUAUAUAUUUUCUUGCAGAUAUCCGAAAUGUCAAAACUGGUUGAACAGUAUGAAAAUUUGUCAUGCGUGAUACACAACCUUAAUCAAGAAAACGCUGACAAUUCAAACGCAGAUUUAUUACAGGUACGCCAGUGCAUGGGUGGAAGUUUUAUACUUGCACAUUAAAAAUAACAGGUGGUAUGUAUAUAUGCUGCAGGUUUUGUAAGGCAACGUAAGGCAGCCGAGAAGCCCUGGGAACGAGAAUGGUUUUGUAUGUAUUUCUAUUACAGUUAAAAGUCCAGUUAAAGAAUUUUCACGGAGGAGAUUCAAAAGCGAAUUUCUUUCUUUCAAAUAGGAAAAAUGUGUGGUCUGUCAUGGUUUGUCGAUUUUUUGCUGUGUCAACCUGGGAAAAUUUUUAAGAUUUUGGCAUGAUAUUUUCUUUACCCUGCGCAGUUUGGACCAAUCGUUGAUGCCUUGUAAAAGGCUAUUUUUCCAUGCACAGAAUCGAUGUUACAUGAGUGGCAAAUCCAAUCCCUGGUGAGGGGGGAGGGGCAAUUGCUUCAAAAAUAAAAGGCUAUGCUAGAGUCAGCAGUUCUAUGGCAAUUACACCACGUCAGUAACUUUGCUGGUGCAUUCAGGUGUUGUAAUUAAAUUAGUAUGCACAUUCCAAUCCAUUUUGUAUAAGGUAUUGGUUUGCCUGAUUGAAAUUAUUAUUUUUAACUGUAGGAAUUAAAAGAGAUGCAAACAAAAUAUCGAGAAAGAUUACUGCACUUGGAGUCAACGUUCAUGGACAGAAUUCCUGACGCCUUAAACAGUUUGUAUACAGCUUUUUUAUUUGAUAAAACGUGCAGGAUUACAGAUGCGUGGUAUUAUAUCAUUUCUUGACAUAAAGGGAAACUGGUGAUUUUACCAUUGAACCGCGACUAGGAACUUGUUUCUGCUGUAAAAAGCAAAAAUGUUUCUGCCUAUAGUACGCAUGAGCAAAAUAUAUCAAAGUAAUUUUCUACAAGUUUCCUGUGGGCAAAGUUUGCAACGUUUUCCUUGGUAAGCUGACUUUUCUGGAAAUUAACCAUUAAAUUUCCGCUUUUCAUCUGCGUCGCUGAUUUCGUUUUUAAGUCUUUAUGCUUAUUUGUAGCAUUUUGUCCAAUUAUUAGCAAAAUCAAUCUUGUUUUCUUCUUUUUCAAAACGUACUCAGGAUCAGUACGAGAGAUCUUGAACUGCUGUUCUAAAUUCAAUAAACAAAAGAGAGCAAUUCGCAGUGGCUUACCAAGGAAAGAAAAAAGAGAAUUGAAACAUUCCACGAUAUCCCAUGGCGAUGUCAACUUGUAUGGUGUCAGUAAAAUGUCACCGACGGAUUUGAUGAAUAGUAGGCCUAUCAACAAAAGUAACCAGGUAUUUAUUGUAAUGUAUAGUACGAAUUAUUUCCUUGAACUGUCUGUACCAGUGUAGGUUGUGCCAAUAAUAUUAACAGCUACCUGGCAGGUAGCAUUUCUACUAACGAAAGCUUGUUAAUUAAUACUAUCCAUCUGCAACGCUUCCGCGAUACGUGCUGUAAAAACCAUACGUAAACACUGUGAAAGUUUAAUUAGUGUUAUUAAUAUUAAAUAUUUCAUCUCCAUAAUUCAGAAAACGAAUACGAGUCCAAUUUCUGAAAUGAAAAGCAACGAAUCUGUAGUGACAAGGUGAUUAUUCUUCAUUUACCGCAAUUUAUAGCUUUGCGUAAGAUGGGUUUUUUGUGACCUUUGUUUGGGGAAGGGGCAAUUUCAGUCGUGAGUAAGCAUAUGUUGAUUACUAUAAAUUAUUAUAUUUUAUUACCAUAAUCAACUAAUCACAAAGUCUCUUGAUCUAGGCACGGGAUAACCACCCAUGUGCACAAAAUUUCUCUUAUUUAGAAACAGUUGGUCUGGUUGCUAUAAAAGUCAAAUCUUUGUACGAAAGAGCAACUUACAGCUACAGGCAAUCAAUAUCGAUCUCUUUUCGGUUGGCAAUAAUUUAUAUGAUGUGUUGGCUCAAGAACUUGAAGAAGAUGUGACAAAGUACAAUCUUAUAUUUGGAGCAAAAGAGGUAUAAUCCUAUAGAAUUUAAUUGAAAUAUCAACACAUUUUGAAUAAAAUCUUGAAUAAAAAAACUGAAUAUAUUAUUUCCGAAUUUUGAACGGAAUAGAACUAAAAAGGACUGAAUUGAAGCGUAGACAAUUGAGAGUAUUCUAGAUUAUAGAAGUGAAGCACAUAAUAGAAAAGAAAAACAAAUCACACGAAUUGUUUUGGUAUUUGACAAGUCUGCCAUCGCUCUCCCUAAUGUUUGAUACACCAUUUAAAUCGGACUACAGUAGAUCAGAGAAAGAGGCCUGAAGCAAGUUUCCUUUUUUGUUAUUACUUUUCUGUGACCUCAUUAGGUACCUAUUACUAAAAAGGCAACGGUGAAAUGUUAUCUUGUAUUUGUUUAACAAGUGUACAUUGCAUUAUUAUGAAGGUUGACAAAGAAAAAACUCUUUUUAAACAAGAAAUAUACCACGGAUCAACUGUUGAUUUAAUCUUACCAUUGUAUGGAGGUGAGUAAUAAAAAUGAGAAUUUUUGAGAUUAGGUGACUACUGUAGUCUGAAAACCGGGACUACGUCAACUCAGGUUGCGAUUUCGUCGACUAUUAGCUCAACACGGCCUCGUUGUCAAAUUGUUAAAUGUCUAUCUGGCUCCUAAACAUUCUUAGGAAUGCCGGAAGUGGGAAAAAAGAAGAAAAGACACAAAAGACCGAAAAAAAAUAAAGAAGCAACGUUGAAACAGGACAAGGAACAUUCAAUGGGUUUGUACUAUAUAUAUAGUAAAGCUAUAAUAUAUAUUUAUAUAAAAACAUAUAUUUAAAUGUCAUCUUUUGUACUAAUUUUCCGUUGUUACACAGUAGAUAUUUUUCAUCUUGCAGAAGAAACAUCAAAGGCAGAGAAAGUACCAGAGGCAUGGACGGACCCGACAGUACAACGCUGGUUCGAAAUGUUAGAGAUAGAUAUCCACCUGGUGUCAACUUUAAAAACCCUUGAUGGCAAUCAAGUAAACAAGUUAGAAAAGGAAGACUGGAGAAAAAUGUUUCCCAGUUAUGGCCAUAUUUUGUUCAACAUGUGGCAGAAAGAUCAACGAACGUCCGCAGAAACAGUUGGAACAGAAGCAUAUCAUGAAGGUACAUGACAUGCACCCUAUAAUAGUAGUACUACCAAGGACGUUUAGAAGCAUUUUGCGAGUUUGUCUGCUGUCGUUCCUUAGUUCCUCAGAAGUCUUUAAAAUACCGUGUCUCCAAAAAGACGAUCUGAAGCUUGUGCUACUCCCAAAUUCACAUUUCAGGGGUGUGAGGUGGUAAGCGAAUAGAGCCUUUAAACCAUAUUUUGUUCAACAAUGCUUCACGUUUCGAAGUUUCCAAAAGUUACUUAAAGAAAUUCCAGUGUUCAUUAUGAUGAAAUAUUUUCUCUUGAACCUAGAAGAAAGAACUUUAUUUACGCCGCUGGACGAAGGAACAAAAGAAGUUUCCGAUGGUUCGAAUGAUCCUAAUGAUUCAAGACCGAACGUUGAUUCACAGGAACAAGAUACUUCAAACAGGUAUUUCAUAUUCAGUAUUACUAUCGUCAUCAACUUAUUUGAUUACCCCUUUCCGACUGCUUCCCACCCCUUUCUAAUCACAAAUGCUUUUAAUUUCGUACAAUCAGCCUCUGUAGCAGAAAACAUAAAAGCUUAGUAUAUCCUAUAUGUUUGGUUUGCCUUGUCCUUGGUAUCCAACAUUAGAUCUGCAUGUAUAGAAAUAGUCGUAAUGAUUACAUUACAAUUAUUGUAUAAUUUUGUAUAAUUUUGAUGUUAGAGAUUUUCAUGUCUUCUCAUUUCUUGCUUUUUCAUUAUAUUCUAUAUACAGUUCAAGAAAAGUACUAUUUGGUAAGGUUGAAGCUCUUGACGGAAUCGGGAAAUCAUUGUUGCUUGAGGAUUUUGAGAAUGAUGAUAAAUCGUCAAUUUCGCAUUUCGGUAGCGUAAUUACAGUAACCGGUGUAUGUUUGAGUUCUCCACAUAUCCAGGAAAAUAUCGUAACAUUAUUUAUCAGGGACGACCCGCAGGGGGCCGUGAGCUUUUACAACAAAAUAAAGAUUGACAUUGCAAGGUGUGAAAGUAAUCAACAUGAAAUUGACAUUCUUUUGAAGGAAGUUAACACAAAUAUGCAUGUGGGUGUGAAAGGACGAGUUGAGAAAUUGGACAAAAAGGAUGACGUUGUAAACAAAGAUGGUUGUAAGAUGUUAAAAUUCAAAUUGGUUAUCGAUUCGGAUGAUCAUGCUCUGUUUUCCGUAGAAACUAAAUCACCAAAGCUGAAAAGGCAACUUUCACAAUGCUGGUGGCCUCUACAAGCUGGUUCAGAGAAUGCCAACGAACUGAACUUAAAAGUAGGUGAUUUUAUUGUCGACAACGAUUUAGAAAGAGUAUAUUGUGACGCCGAUACUUCAGACGAAAUAAUACUGCGAUAUGUUGUGGCUUUCAAAAAUAGUUUUGAUGGCGAAGUAUUUGUUGGUGUUAAAAAAAAUGGUGAGAUAGCUGGAAAGGUAGUCAGCAACGGAGAAAUAAAGAAAUGGUGCGAAAGACUAACCAAUGCUAUUGGAAACCUAUUACCUCAAGCUAACGAAGGCGCAGAUAUCUGUCGAAAUAUACAAGAAGCGAAUGAACUUGUGCAUAGAAAGAGAUGCUUUGUCUGCGUACUUCCGCUUUGCGAUGACAGCAGCAGAGCUUUAGGUUGGAUCCAUGUGCCCAAAGGUGAAGCGUGCAAAGUAUAUUUUACAAAAGCUUCAGACGUUCACGCGUUUCAGCGUAUUGGGGCACAAAAUAAGCGAAUAACUAAUUAUGAGCAUCUGUUCUAUGAUCUCGAAUCUUUGGCCAGUAGGAAAAUCGAACCAGUUUUUGAAGAGGACUAUGACGAGGAAGACGAUGCGCAAAAUGAAGAAAAAUGUACAUCGCAAAAAGGAAAACAAGAAUAUAGAGUUCUAGAUAAAGUCAACAACGAAAAUCAGCAUCACGAAUUGAAGAUGAUUUGGGGGGAGAAUCCAGUAAAGACAAUACUGGAAAAAUAUCUUGCUCCUUAUUCAUGUGGUUUCCUAAACUCAGAUGGAGGAAAUAUUUUUUUUGGCAUAGAAGAAGACGAGCAAUCUAAAAUGGGUCAUAUUGUAGGCAUCGUACUGUCAACGGAAGAGAGAAAAGAACUUGUGGAAACAACGGUCAAAACACUUAGAAAGUUUUAUCCGCCAGUUUGUAGGAGUCAAUUUGACAUAAAAUUUCAUUCUGUUCGUGUAUCUUCCGAGUUAAUCGUUAAGGAUAAAGGAGGAGGUAAAUUAUAUACUGUGAUUACUGGUCCAAGCGAUGAGAUUGGUAAAAAGUGGCCAAAGUUUGUCCACAAUAAGCUACCAGCUGGAAGCCGUUCCACUGUUAUUCCAAUCAGAUCGCAACGUUUCUGCGCAGUAGCCACAAAACAGACGUCCGCCAGUGUAAAUUUAACCGAGCUCGUUGAACAAUUUGUAAAAGAGAACUCCAAGUUUAAGUUACAGACAAUCAGUGAAACGGAUUUAAAUAUUAUUUUGAAAACUAUCUAUGUAAUUGAGCUAAACGUAAGACGGUCCCCUUAUCCGAUCAAUAUGAUUAAAACGAUAGACACACAUGUAUUUAGCAAAAACAGAGAAAAGCAACUAUGCACAUCUAAGUUAAGUGUAGAAGAUCUGAUGUGCAGGUUUAAAUUAGAUUCCACCAUUCAAUUUAAUGUUGAUACGUUUCUAAAAGAUGUAAAAAAAUUCGAUAACGCCGGAAAUUCGUACAUCAUGGUUGCUUCACCGUUUGACCUCCAUGAACAAGAAAGAGAUUUGUUCGGACUUGUCAUCCCAAAAUGGACUUUGACUAUAGACUUGGAUCAGGAACCGAAGCAAUCAGGUCAUUUAUACCAGCUAUUCCAAAAACUGAAUGACCGUUACCAGCCUAAGCGAGGUCGAUUUCUUAAAACACCCCAUGAUUCUAAACUAGAUUUGAAUCGCGAACAUGCUGUGUGCUGGUUAGUUGCUCGGGGAUAUCGUGAGGAUGAAAAGUCUCUCUCAGGAGAAAGUCAUGCGAAAUGGAACAAAACACACAGAUCACGUGUAAGAGAACUUUUGAGUGUAGAUCUAGAAGCCAGCGUGAAACCUAACUGCCUCAAUGUUGUAGUUUUGUGGGACGAAGGGCACCAAGCGUUAGUAGAAUCGUUACGGACAAUUUUGGAAGACAUAAUAAGCUUGAACGGAGAUGAUAGCACAGUAAUAACGUUUGUCUGCGCAACACCUAAAGCUAGUUCAGAUAUUAGCAGAAAAAUUAUAGCGCCACUCCAAGAGGAUAACUUGGACACCAUAUCCGAAGACCGAGUGUAUGUUGCACCUCCAUAUGUUCUAGCACGAUUUCUUUCACUAAAAUUACCAUCACCUUACCGACCAGAAGAUGAUUAUCAGGUACCCCAUAAGAAAUCUUUUCCGUACGCUGGCUCUCAAAUUAUCCCACAAAUUUUACCACAACAAUUAAGACAAAAUCUUGAGGGUUAUAUUGAAGUAAUGUACAUGAAGAAAAGAAGUAAGGUACAUGAGCAAACGCUAAACGAGGAACGUAGGAAUUUCUUUUCAGGUUCUGCAAUAACAAAUGAUGGUUUGCAUGGUAGCAUUGCUAUAAGAAGAACAAGAAUGGAUGAUCUUGAAAGAAAAUUCAAGGCACUUUCCUGUGACAAAAAGUCAAAUGUCUCGCUCAUUUUUGUAAGAGUGGAUCGCGGGGCAGGAUCGACAACUAUGUGUUUACAAUUUCUUUAUGAGCAGCACAGAUCCUAUCCAUGUGCACAGUUAAUUGAAAUAAAAGAUGGUCUUGUAAGCCACAUCGAAGAAAUUAAUAAAAAAACUAGAUUACCACUUAUACUUUUUGUUGAUGAGAAUAUCGCACAUUUGCAAGAAUUCUUGGAUUUCAAGAAAAAAGUCGAGCGUCGAAACGUAAACGUCAUAUUUAUUUUGAUCGAACCUUCUGAGGUUUUUUCAGUUAGCGAAUCUUUGCCCUCACGUAAAGCGCGCACUAAAAGUGCCAGAGAUAGUUCCUUGUAUGGACCAAGUCCGUAUAAAGUAGUUCAGCUUGAACGGACCUUGGAUAAUGAUGAAAUGGAACAACUGGUAAAAGUCCUUGCUGUACUAGCAAAAGAAAAGAAAAACGAAUUGUUAAAAUUCAAAGACAAGGCCAGAAAAGAUAAAAAUAACCCACCAACAUUUGCUCAUUUCAGUUUACUUGCUUUCGGCAGUGAAUUCAAAGGUUUGAAACAGUAUGUGAAAUUCAGGCUGACCCUGGCAGAUGAACGUCAACAAAACAUACUCGCCUUUUUUUCACUCACUCACGUUUUUACAAACUAUUCUCUUCCAGCAAAUGCUCUUGUUCGUUUUCUUGACAAGAGUAAUGUAAUAUUGGAAGAAGAACUGGAAGACAAGUAUCUUCAAGAAUUAUUGAGUCCACGUGCAGAUGACAGUGAUUCCCGUCGAAUAUCGUUUCAUGGAGUAGCAUGCGAAAUUUUAAAACAGUUAAGUUUAAAACAGUUAAGUGCAACGUCAAGCAGUGCGAAGAGUGAAGACGAUCCGUACUGGAAGUAUAUUAAAUAUGUUUCUGUCACAAUGGCUAAACAUGUGCUGAGUAAGUAUAUCACCACGAGGAAAAUUGAUCGAUUAACAAGAAAACUGUUUGUGACUAGUGAGUACGAAAGUGAAAAAUUUUCGCAGCUUAUUCGAACUAUGAAAGUUAAAAAUCCUGAUACUGCGCGGGAUACAUUAAAAGAGUUGGUGGACGUCUUUAACGGGACAGAGAGACACUCUUCUAUGCGAGCUCAUUUACGAGCUCGUUUAGCUAAGUAUUAUAUGAUACAGUACAAAGAUUUCGCGGAAGCGAAAAAGCUAAUCGAGGCUGCUAUUGACGAGCAGGAACAAGACUCCUUUCUACAUCAUAUCCAUGGCGAUAUAAUUCGCUUAUAUGUACAGGUUCUUGUGGAAAAAAUGAAAACGAAAGAGGAUAUGGAAAUAAUUUUAUCCUAUGCAGAGCAAAGCAGUAAAUGUUUCGAAUUUGUACGGUCUAAAAAACCACACAUGAGCCAUGGAUACAUAUCUGAUGCAAUAGUGCGAAUUACUGUUAUGCAAGCAGGAAUUAAACUAAUGGGUGGUAAAAAUAUCAGCUUCGUGGACUAUCUAAUUAAAAGAAUUAAUGAAAUUAAGGAAAGUGAUGAUGAGGACAUUUCACCAAAUUCACGAUAUCUCUUGUCUCUGAUUUCCGAUGCGCAUGAGUAUCUUGAUGAAAGAUGCAUCGACUUUGAGCAGAAAAAACAUUGGAAGGAAACCUUUCUUGACUGCAUUGGCGACUUAAAGAAUCUCACGUGGUUGUGCGAUAAAAUUGGACAAGAGAAAAACUGCAGUUCUUUCAUUAAUUGUUCAGCUUGGCUGCAUGAAAUACUUCUGCAAACCCAAAUUUUACACAAUGCAUUGGAAAUUGAAAGCAAGGUUUUAAGUCCUGAAGAGAUUGAAUCAAAAUUAAUAAAAAUGGAGGAGUAUGAUUCACAUUCAAAGUUUGGAGAUCGUUUCAUGAAAUUCUGGAUUCGCUAUUCGCGUCAGCGAUUGUCUGUGCCAAAUUUGCAGGAAGUAAUGAGGAGAGUUUACGAAUGGUCCAAUAAGAUGAAGAAAAGGCGGGUAGCGUCACCUCAAGCAGAAUUUUAUAAGUGA